AUGGCCAACUUCGAACAGAGCAACAUCGUUGUAACUGGGUCCGCCUCUGGUAUUGGCCUUGCGAUCACUUUGACGCUCGCAGAGCGAGGCGCAACAGUGUGGACAGUGGAUCUUUCAAAAGAUCCGCCGGACGCGCUCAAAUCAUGGAUCGAGAAAGGCCGAGUUCACUUUCAAGGCAAUAUCGAUGUUGGAGACAGAAAAUCUUGUAGAGCCUACAUGGAGAGUGUCGUUUCUACUGCCGGCCGUAUUGACGGCUUGGUAAAUAAUGCUGGAAUUGGCCUAUACGAGGGGCCUAUUGCAUCAGACGAGGUGUACGAUCGAAUGAUCAGUGUCAACAUUGGCGGUACCUGGAAUUAUGGUACAGCAGCACUCCGUGUGAUGCAGAAGCAGGAGCCAAAAGGGCCAUGGAAUUCGAGAGGCAAUAUCGUCAACAUCGCUAGUGGUGCUGGGUUGAGAGGUGUGAGUCAGCUCGCCUGUUAUUGUGCUACCAAGCAUGCCGUCAUCGGUCUGGCGCGCUCAUGGCAGGAGGACUUCGGACAAUACGGGAUACGCAUUAAUGCAGUAGCUCCAGGAGCCACACAGACAGAAGCUUUUGUCAAACGAGCAGAAGAAGAGAAAGGCUUCCUUGGCACGUUGCCGAGCAACCCUCUGGGGAGAUUCGCAAAGCCUGCAGAAAUUGCGGCUGCCGUUGCAUUUUGUCUGUCUGAUGAAGCCAGUUAUGUUGCAGGGGAAGUAUUACAAGUCACAGGGGGCCACUGCUGA